AUGUCUGAGAUUCUUAUUAUUUUUUGGAAAAUUGCGUUCGUUUUGUGUAUACAUUUUGCUGACUAGUUUCGGUAGCAAUCGUCGGAUUUCAGUGAUCGAAGAAGUGCGGAGUGCAAGACGAGUAAGAAGCGUGUGCCGUGGUGUGACAAGAAAUCUGGCAAGAAAAAUCGAACUUUUUCUCUAUAGAAGACAAAGUAGGCAACCAUCAUCAGCUUUUUACAUCUAGGGCUGCAUUCCCCGAGUGUAUCUGUAGACUGUGUUUUAUUUUCGCGGACAUCCGCAGGGUACAGCACGGUAGCUAACUUUCUCCGUUAAUAAUAUCAAUUAAUUUACCGUAAAAGUGUUGGGAAUUCUGUGUGUGGGAUUUUUCAUCCUCUGCCUCUGCGCUGCUCUGACCUUUGGCUUUUUACGGGAUUGGAUUCCAAGGGCCAUUCACGAAGGAAUUGCCACGAUGGGUGAGCACUCGUUGCAGAGCCAGCCAGCAGGAGAGCAGCAGCCACCGGCAGCGGCACCUUCGAGCGAAGCGGCCGGAACGUCCAAUCAGCAGCAGCAGGGCGUGCAGGAUUUACGCGAAAUUUGCCAGCUGCUGUGGGGCUCCUCCAUCCGGCAGGAGGUUUUUCGCCGAUGGUCCCAGGGGUUCGAGUUUAGCCAGUGCGAACCGUCGGCACUGGUCCAGCGCGAUGGAGGACCGUGUUGUGUAAUCGCACCGGUGCAAGCGUACCUGCUGAAGAUUCUGCUGAUGGAAACCCCCGGGCACAGUUUCAGUGAUCUGACAACCGACAAGUGCAAAGCGCUGCUGAUACAGGCAAUUUGCCAGAUAUUGACGAAAUGCAAGUACACCAAAUAUCGCGUCGUAAGCCUCCGGCCUCGACAGGACCCGUCGGCCAGUGUGGCUGCCGGGGACGCUAGCUGUCCCGCGGAGGAGAUGGAUGGCGAUGCGGAAAUGAUGGAUGCGCUCGAAAAUCUCCCACCGAACGACGGCAACGAGGAAGUCGAAGUUGGAGUGGAAGCUAUGGCUGCAGCGGCAGCGGUGGCCGAGUCCGAUUUGAAAAAUCAGAAUACCGCUUCCGCGUCGCCGGACGCGGGUGCUGCUGGUGCCGGUGGUACAGGUGCACCUGGACCGUGGACUCCGGAAGCAUUUCACGAGAGAUUAACCGUUACCGAGCUAGAACAAAUAGACGAUGUGGAGAAGUAUUACGCUAGUCAUUUCAAUGUACUAGCCGAGGAAUGUGGUGUAUUGCUGCUCUUGUAUACGGUUCUGUUGACUAAGGGUUUGGAUAACGUUUUGAGCGAAGUAUCGGAUACUUCGGAACCUUUGAUACAUGGGACCUACGGUUAUGGCAGCCAGGCCUUGAUAAAUCUUAUGUUAACUGGACGCGCUGUCCCGUAUGUCUGGGAUAACGAGCAGGAUGUUGGAGGCUUGAAAUUAAAAGGCAUCACACAACAGUCGGAUAUUGGAUUUAUCACACUUAUGGAACAGAUGCAAUACUGUACCGUCGGAUUCUUCUACAAGAAUCCAAAAAAUCCAGUCUGGGUAAUGGGCUCGGAAACGCAUCUUACAGUGCUUUUCAGCAACGAGAAGAGACUGGUUUCGCCGGAAACACCAAGUGAAAUUGCUCGACGAGUGUUCCGGCAGUUCGAUACGGAAGGAAGCAACUUCAUACCGAGUCCUCUGUUGCAGGAUGUGCUGUGCGCACUGGAUCUGGUCAGUGAACCGGAAUACGUGGAAUUGAUGCGUAAGAAACUGGAUCCGGAAAAUCUCGGUAUUAUCCUGCUCAACGAGUUCAUGUACGAGUUCUUUCCAUCGGAGAAGAAAUCUGUGCCUGACACGUUUGAUCUGCUGCAUUACAAUGGCAUACCAAAUUCUAACUGCGAGAACCGGGUACGCUUCAACAAGGGUCAUGCCAUUCUGUUGGAAAGUGAUGUGCGGAUGUGUAACCCUUCGGAUCCGAUGCUAACUUGCCUACAGACAAAAUGGCCAAACAUCGAGGUCAAUUGGAAUGACUCUCGGACGCCUUCGUUGAAUUGACCGAGCAGUGCGUGGUUUUUAUUGCAGUUGACACGUUAGAAACGGACACAGAAACACACAAGUGAUUGUUUUUGUGACACACAUGCGAAUACGAUGCCCACACUCCUUUCUGUGUGCGUGUGGUAGCCCCUUUAACAAUCCGAUAGCUUUGAGAGUACCUCCCAUUCCGCUCCACAGUUACAGUUAAUGGUGUUUAUUAAAAUCUCUUCCCCCUAGACAACAAGUCAGAGUCACUGCUGUUAACCAAGUGAUUCGAAAGCAAUACCGCUCAUUUACAUACUUGUCUCUUACACACAGCUUAUGCAAACAAUCACACAAACUAAUCUCAGCAGAUAACUGGACACAAAGUAGCUAAUCUACGAGCCAUACUAGAGCAGAACGCUGUUGAUAUAUAGGUACUAGCAGCCCCCAACAUAGCAAACAGAUAUUCCCGCUAAACAAUUGAACCAUGAACCAAAUAGGGCAAGCUAAAACUAUUCCCCAAAUCCGAAUAACAACGGAAUAACAAUAGAUGUAGCUGGAAAGAAAUCUGCAUACAUUGAAGUGACCUGCGAUUAUGAACGAACUACUAGCGAAGCGAUGUAUAGGUUAGGGACGCAAAUAUUCGAAAGGAACGCAACGGUUUAAUGUUUUAAUUUAUUCCCCUUUCCUGCAGCGCGUAAAACAGAAAAAAAAAGAACGGAAGAAAGUACUAGUAAAUUUCGACAAGCGAGACAAGAAAGAAAAAAUAAAAUCCCAUUACAGUAGGAAGAAUAUCCGAAAUCGAAAUCAAAGAUAUUGUACCGUGGAAUGAUCGAAAAUAUAUAUUAAAAACUAU